CAAGGAAACUCCAACAUGAUGAAGCACAUACGCAAGCGAAAGCGACUCAUAUUUUAUCAUUGUACGAGUUCAAUAAUCAUUAAAAACUCUGGAUUCGAGCUACUCUGACACAUCUCGCCGUAUCUCGUCUUUCCAUUUUUUGCCGAACUUUCUCAGCGCUCCUGAUAAAGGCGAACUUAAGGCCUCCCGCGGAGUUGGAUGCCGAAGCAAUGCAUGGAUUUCAGUGGACCAUGCAUCGAUGCUGCAUUUUCAUUGUCAUUUCGCACUACAUGACGAAUUUUAGCGCAAAAGACAGUGUGGUGAUUGUGUGAACAAGAACGAGUUGUGUCUUGUCGUGUAAAAGAGAGAAAAACCGACGAGAAUAAUAUCCAGCCGUGUGGGAGAUUUCCGCCGUCUGCCAUGGAGCUGAAUGGAGCCCCACCGGCACUCAUUUCCGACAGCAAAACCGACCCGGCCGUACCAUCCAUUGCCUACAAUAACGAGAAAUCCGAAAUCAUGCCCCUGGCCAAGGUGGCGAACGGGCAUGGGAAUUCGGCCAUCUUCUCCGGGGAACGACUCCGGCAUCUGCCACGCCGUCCCGCCGUCGACAUUGAAUUCCAUGAUGUAACGUAUUCCGUUAAGGAGCCGGGAUGCCGUAAAAAAGGCUUUAAAACCAUCCUGAAGGGUAUAAGUGGAAAGAUCCGCUCGGGAGAGUUAACGGCCAUCAUGGGACCGAGUGGUGCCGGUAAAUCGACAUUGAUGAAUAUUCUGGCUGGUUACAAAACACGAGCACUAAGCGGCCGGAUCUACAUCAACGGACAGGAACGUGAUCUGCGGGCCUUCCGCAAAAUGUCCUGCUACAUUAUGCAGGAUGAUCAGUUACUGCCGCAUUUAACCGCACGUGAGGCGCUUAUGAUCAGUGCGCAGUUGAAAAUGGACGAAAAGUACACACUGGAGUAUAGGAAAGCAGCGGUGAAAGACAUUCUGGAUACAUUGGGAUUGAUGGAAUGCGCCGAUACCGAAACGUCGAAAUUGUCCGGCGGACAACGAAAACGUUUGGCAAUUGCUCAAGAAUUAGUGAAUAAUCCUCCGGUGAUGUUCUUCGAUGAACCGACUAGUGGUUUGGACAGCUCAUCCUGUUUCCAGUGUGUUAAUCUGCUGAAGUACCUAACGCAAAUUCAAGGUGGUCGUACGAUCGUGUGCACCAUCCACCAGCCGAGUGCCAAAAUUUUCGAGAUGUUUGAUAAGUUGUACAUGAUGACCGGUGGACAGUGCCUGUAUGACGGACGAACCGACCUUGUUGUACCAUUCCUUAACACGUUCAAUUUGAAGUGCCCUUCUUAUCACAAUCCAGCAGAUUAUCUGAUGGAAAUUGCAUGUGGUGAUUAUGGUGAACGCACAAUUGAAACCCUGGUGAUUGCCGUGGCGAAGGGAGCUUCGGCGGAAUUCGAUGAACGCAAUAAGUUCAAAUAUGCCAAGAAGCCGCUGACCGAUAAGCCGGCCGCCCUGCGCGCCAUCGAUGUGCGCGGGGAGUUGUGUACGUGCCAGGAACCGACCUGCCGGUGUCCGCAGUCGCGUGCUUCCCGCAUGUUCAACGCGGACAUUGAUCAUCAGAGUGUGCUGGCACACGUGAACCAUGAAUCGGAGAAUCCCUAUGCCAACCCGUCGGAUGUGCACGUGGAAGUGGUUGGAUCAAAUGGCCAUGUUCCGCCGAGUGCUGGCUUGCUGGGCGAUGAUAAUCAGUCGGCUAUUGUGGAGUGUCAUACAUUCGCCACCAGCUGCUUGACGCAGUUCCGGGUGUUAUUUGUGCGCACAUUUAAAUCCAUCAUUCGUGAUACGACAUUAACCCGACUCCGCCUGUUUUCCCACUUGUCCAUUGGGGUGUUGAUCGGCCUGCUGUACAUGCGCUUGGGAGAAGACGGCAGUAAAGUGUUCUUCAACGCCGGAUGCCUUUUCUUUUCCAUGUUGUUCCUGAUGUUUACGGCUUUGAUGCCGACCGUGAUGACAUUUCCCCUGGAAAUGGGCGUGUUCGUGCGGGAACAUCUCAAUUACUGGUACAGCCUCAAGGCGUAUUAUUUCGCGAAAACCAUGGCGGAUCUUCCGUUUCAGAUCAUCUUUCCGCUUAUUUAUGGAAGUAUCGUUUAUUGGAUGACGGCACAACCACCAGAUUUUUUCCGGUUCGUCCUCUUCUUGACGUUCUGCACGUUGACGUCCCUUGUGGCACAGUCACUGGGGUUGGUCGUCGGGGCGGGUUUGUCGCUUGAGAGCGCGGUAUUUUUGGGUCCUGUAACAGCCAUUCCCAUCCUGUUAUUCAGUGGAUUCUUUGUCAGCCUGAAAAUUAUUCCACAAUAUCUCCAGUGGUUAUCGUACAUGUCCUAUGUACGGUACAGUUUCGAAGGCUCAAUGUUGGCGGUGUACGGUUUCAAUCGGUCUACUAUCUGCGACUCGAAGUUGUCCGCCGAAGCGCUUCUGGAAGGCGGGGUCGAUCCCUGCUACUUCCGUGAAGCGAGUGACUUCUUGAAUGAGAUGGGUAUUAAUAACCACGAUCAGUGGUGGUUGGAUUUUAUUGUAUUAUGCUUCUUCUUUGUGAUUCUACGCUUGAUCGCCUACUUUGUGCUGCGAUGGAAAGUGAAGUCGUAUCGGUGAAGGAAAAAGUGCCGCUGCUGUGGAUAUAUCUAUUUCCAAAGAUGUUCAUUGUUAUAUAUGUACACCAAAAAAUACUCUACCGAUUGUGCUGGCGCUGGUGCUUUAUUAAGGAAACCCAUUCUAUUCCACGUUAACUGCCAGUUUUCCAGUUUUUCAUUGGGAAGGUUGGGCGCUGCUGUGAUAAAUGUUGCAUCUCCUUCAUAUUCGAUUUGCGAUGUGACUAUUGCCACAAUUGAUUGGAACUACCGGUAGACAAGCGGGCGAUCAUCACUGGGAAAAAACUGUUCAUUUGUUAAUGGGGACGGCAUUACAUCACCAAAUCAGCAAAAUCAGUAUCGCCGCGGCGGAUGAUUGUGUGGAGUUGAUUUUGUUAGUUCGUUUGUUCAAAAAAGCACCAGCUAUUCGAAUGCUGUAUUCCUUGGCUUCUGGCUACAGUUUGACCGAUUUCAUGGUCUUUCGCCUGCGUUUUGAUCUUUUUUUGAGAGUGCAUAUUAUGACAUUACAUGUUUGCUGUUAAAUAUUGUUUUACGUAGACUAUACUUUACUGUUCCUGUUGAUUUUUGAUCUGAUCUAUAUUUAGUGUGCUUGAUUUAUGCUCGAGCGGUGGAUUUUGUUUGCUGUUGCGUCGGUUUGGCUUUUUGUGAUUCGUGAUUUGUUCCUCUGGGUUAUUUAUUUGAAAUAAUAAAAAUUUCAGAGACCAUUAUUA